CUGGCUUUACGCAGGAGGUCGUUUACCAGACUGUUUUCCUGGAAAUGGUCAAGUUAGAAAUAAUCACGUGGGUGGAAAUACCUCAACUUUCAGCUCAGGCUGCUCCUCCCCGCAGCAGUGGAGGAGCAGAGGAGGAGGGAGUAUUUCAGCCAGUCUGGAGGAAACGACCAGCGACAGGAGACUCCAGAGCCACCGCUUCACCUCCAUCAUGUGCGUCUGCCCUCUGGUUUCCAUCUGCGCCUUUCUGGUGUUGACUUCUGCUCAGGCCAGUAGCAGCCAGUUGUGUGACCCACAGACACAGUACCCUAGGGAUGGUCAGUGCUGCAGCAUGUGUCCUCCAGGAACACGAAUGCAGUCGUCCUCCAGCUGUUUGGAUGCAGUGUGUGACCCGUGUGGGACAAAUGAAUAUCAGGAUAAAUACACCACAGACAGCAAGUGCAAGCGGCAGCCAUACUGUGACCCAAACACAAACUUUGAGUCUCCUGUUGAGCAGAGCAUGACGGUGAAAACCAUCUGUAUGUGUAAAGAUGGAUUCCACUGCUCCGGUAAAGAGUGCAUCACCUGCACCAAGCACAGCACCUGUCAGCCAGGAUAUGAAGUAGUGUCUGAAGGCAGUCAGACCAGCGACACCAUUUGCCGUCCGUGUCCUAGCGGGACGUUUUUCAGCCCGACCAGCAGGAAGUGUGAGAAAUGGACAGAAUGCGAGCCAGGGUUCUACGCUGCAGAAGGCGGAACCGGCGAAUCUGAUACCAAAUGCGUGUCACGCCAUCGGACUCACAUCAUAGUGGGUGUUAUUAUUGGUGUAGCUGUUGCACUGAUGAUGACGGUUGGAGUCUGCUGGUACUGCUGUGGUAAUUCAAGAAGAAUAGAACACGAAAACCUGAAUAGACAUUCCGUAGAAGUCGCUCUGCACACACAUGAGUGUGAGGACGAGCGUAUAAUAAGCAACCCCGUGGAAGACGAAGACACAGAGCUGGACGUUGGAAAAACUGAUAACGGAAACUAUUUUGCUCAGGAGAGUGGGAAACCGCCGAGGCUUUCUCAUCAGGAAUCCCAGACAUACUGUAUUAAUAUGAAUAAUUCAUAACUGAAUGUGGUACACCGUGUCAUAGCUCCUUUAUACGUACAACUGUAAUGAUAAUUAAGUAUUUAUUUGUCUCGGUUGUAACCCUAAUGUGCAUGUAAAUAAUUACUGUAACAUGAAUUAAAGUGAAAUGAAUGUUUGUUUUAUUAGUUGUAAAGAAAGAUUUAUUGCUUUUUAUGUUUUUGUUUUAAUGUAGUACUUUAAACACAAGCUAGACUGAUUUUAAGACAUUUUUAAUGGAUUUCUUGUUUUUAUGUUUGUUUAAAAAUGAAAUAUAGUCUUUUGAGCCAAACCGGAGUGUUGGUUUGAAAUGAUCUGAUAACCCGCGGGCAUCACGUUGGACAUUUCCCAAUUUAAAAGAUUGCAGGAAAGUGGCUGCUUGAAAGCGAAGGAUAAAGACGGUGAUGUUCAAAUGUG